GUAACUCAACAACAACCUACGCACACUUGACCCAUUUAUUUAUCAUUCCAACAUUCCGAAUCUACCCCUCUCCUUCCGAUUCUCGUCGGCGCCGACGACGACGACGACGACGACGACGAAGAAUUAGGGUUUUUCCUCCUCGCGACUGCGAAUCGAUCCGAACCCUAAAACCUAAUGCGAUUCUCGUCGUCGUUUUGAAGCGACUUAGUGUGAGAUCGAGGGGAUCCGGGGGGUGUUUAGAAAGCCUAGCGAUGAAGGCCUCUUCCGGCGCGAUCAGCAUCGAGAGGAUCGCAAGGAAGGUCGAUGUCGACGAUCGGAUCUCGCUCCGUAAUUACUACCGGAUCGCGGAUAGUCUCGUUAGACAGGCCAACAUCUAUCGUGAGGAGAAGAACAUCAUUGAUUUAUAUGUAAUGCUUCUGAGGUUUUCAAGCCUGAUUACUGAGACUAUACCACUCCAUCGUGACUACAAGUAUUCUCUGCAAAGUGAAAGGCUUUACUUUCGAAAGAAACUAUUGAAUGCGCUGACUGAGCUGGAGAAACUACAGCCAGCUGUGCGACAACGGCUCGAAGAACUUAAUGGGACGUCUAGAAAUCUAGCAAACGGAAGAGCACAGGCUAAACAAAAUGGAUUCGCUCUUUCGGUCAACCAUCAAAAACCAAAAUUUUAUGAAUCGAUUAUGGUUCAGAGCAGCAUUGUUGGACAAAAUAGCUACUUUCAAAAGCCAUAUACUCAAACAGAGAAAUUACCACUAACUAAGACAAGAGAAGAGCAAAUUCAUAGAUUGUCUCUCAAUAUCCCACGUCCAAAGCAGGAAACUUUAUCAAGACAUUCCAUCUUGGGACCGAACGGUCUUCAUGGGCAGUGGCAGCCACCUAUUGUUGAUCGAGGGAUUCAAUAUCCGAGCAACCUGGAUUUGACAUCAGUUGACAUCCCCAGCAUCUUGGUUCAGCCAAUACAAGAUGUACCUGUUGAAACAAAAGAUAGUGGACCAACAGAGAAAGAAAAAACUCCACUUGAGGAAGUUCUUUCCUUGCAUGAUACUACAUCAUCAGUGCAGGAAGAGUCUCGUCCUAUGAUUACUUUUGACGUCGCAGAAUCUCUUGCUAAGAUGGAUAUCUCGUCCGAACCUUCUCCUCCACCUGUUCUUGCAGAAGUUCAGGAUUUGGUUGCUGUUUCUUCACAACUUUCUGAUUCUAUUUCUGGAGAAACAAUACAGUUGCAAGAUGAGCUCAUUCGCACGCAAUCUCCUGUGCAAGUUCAUAUAUCAACAACAAUGAUGGACAACUUCAUGAGAUUUGCAAAAUCAAACACCGACAGAAACUUAGAAACCUGUGGUGUACUUGCAGGUUCACUUAAAAAUAGGAAGUUCUAUGUGACAGCUCUUGUCAUACCAAAACAGGAGUCGACUUCUGAUUCAUGUCAGACAACAAAUGAAGAGGAUGUAUUCGACUACCUGGAUAAGAAUUCACUUUUUUCCCUGGGGUGGAUUCAUACUCAUCCUACUCAGUCAUGUUUCAUGUCAUCAAUCGAUGUCCACACACAGUAUUCUUACCAGGUAAUGUUGCCUGAAGCCAUUGCAAUUGUUAUGGCACCAAAAGAUGCUUCAAGGACUAAUGGGAUAUUUCGGCUGACUUCGCCGGGGGGCAUGUCGGUUGUAAAGCAGUGCGAUCAGAGAGGUUUCCAUCCCCACCCAUCGCCGCCGGACGGUGGUCGCAUCUACGACCACUGCAGCGAUGUUUACAUGAAUCCAAACAUCAAGUUCGAUGUGGUGGAUCUUCGGUGACCACUGUUCCGUUUUUGGAGUUUCUAGUUGCGUCUGAUUGUUUUACUUGAUUCAAUAUAGAUGAUAUCUGUAUGAUAACGUCAUCAAUUGUACAUCAAACGGCAUGUAUACAUAUAUACAAGGACAUUUCUGUGAUGCUACUCUGUACAUAUUGUUAUACCGAAGAGGUUGAUGUUGGAUGAUGCAAUUUGCACCAUUUGUUAAACAAUUCAAGUAACUGUAAUUGUCUUCUUAAACAUAUACUUGUACUGUACUCUUAUUGGUAUAAAUCCUUUAGGUGAUGGCACUAA